AAGGACAACAUUCUAGUCGCUUAUAGAAAUUGUUUAUCUAAUUGUUAACAAUUUUUACCUAAUUUACUACAAUUUAAAGUCUAUUUAAAUUUAAUCUUUUACUUUAUAAGUGAUUGUUUAAUCCACCAGUGGUUUUAUACUUUAGAAAUAAUGAAAAUCUGGACCUCAGAGCAUGUUUUCAGUUAUCCAUGGGAAAAGGUUGUGACGGCCACUUGGCGUAAAUAUCCAAAUCCAUUGAAUCCAGCGGUGGUUGGAAUAGAUGUUAUCGAUAGGAAUGUUUCAAAUGGAAUUCUUAAAAGUCAAAGAUUAAUUAGUACCGAAUGGGGUAUGCCUCAAUGGGCCUGUAGUAUUUUAGGAGGAGAUAAAAUAUCUUAUGCUGUAGAACAUUCAGAAGUUGACCCUAAACAUAAAUCCAUGACCUUAGUUUCAAAAAAUAUUUCUUUUUCUAAUGAAGUUUCAAUAGAGGAAAAAUUAACAUAUCUGCCUCAUCCAAGUAAACCUGAUGCCACUCUCCUUAAACAAGAGGCUAUAAUUACCGUCCAUGGAAUCCCCUUGAGUAGUUACUUUGAAAAUUUCAUUUCGUCGACAAUCUCAUCUAAUGCUCAAAAGGGUCGUCAAGCAAUGGAAUUUGUUAUCAAGCGAAUGGGAGCCAAUACAUUAGAAGAGGAAUUACAUCGGCAGAUGAUAUGAUUAAUUAAUUAGUUAUUUAUGAAUUAAAUUUAUUAUAUAAUAAUCAACUUUAACCUUAGAGGAUUUCAAGUAAACCUAUUUCCCUUACCAUCUAAAUCAUAUCUAGAUGUAUAUAUACAUACCUUUUUGUGCCCAAGUGAUGAACUACAACAAGGAAACACAGCAAUCAGGCAGCAGCGUAAAAAACAAAUUACUCAACAGCAAAUAGGAUCACAAUUAAUUAACUAAAAAGAAUCUAAAGUUAACCAGAUUAGAACCAGUUUUCCUCCUAUGUGAAUAAUAAUCUUUCAUGUUACCAUCCAGUUUAAUAACUAUAAUUAACGGAAUCCAUACACUUUCCAGAUCCACCAUCAGAAAAAAAACCAGGAUGAUAAAAGAUGGAAGAAAGCGAAAGAGCAACAACCAAUUCCAUCAAUGUGAUGAAAAUUGUACUGUUGAUAAGAUGAUGAUGAGAAUUGAUGAUAUUAUUUUCUAUCCCUUGUAACCAUCUUCUCUCUCUCUCUCUUUUUUAAUCAUCUCACUAGAUGAUGAUAAAACUGUGUUUACAGUUGGAAAAAUGUUUGAAUAUUAUCCAAGUUAAAUAGAUCAUUAAGAGCGAUUGAUUUGCCAGUGAAAGGCAGUUAAACAUGUUAAAUUAACAGUAUGGAUCAUUCAUCUUUACUAACUAACUAUCAAAAGAUGAAGAAAAUGGUUACAAGAUAGAACAUAUUAUCAUCUUAAUCAUCUUUAUCUUCAUCAUCACUAUCCACAGAUCCACUAAUGUCACGUGAUUUUCUAAUUCAUGGAACAUAAUUAAUCAAAAUGAGUCUCAGACAACAAAAAAAUUAACAACAAUUCAGUUGAUUUAGUUAGUAUAACCAUCACAAUCGCUCCCAUUAUAAUACAUCAAAACUACUGUUACAUAAUUUUGAAAAGUGUUCAGAUUUACUGUUGAAAUUUUGUUAAUCUAAUUGUUUCCAUUGUCACUGAUUGAUUUAAUCAUCAGCACAAGAUCAUCAAUUCAAUUAAUUGGAAUGAGGAUUUUUUUUUGUAAAUAAUAUUAAAGUGAAAUAAAUUGCUAAUUGUAUCGAA